GUAGGGGAAUUCCGUCUGACAGCUAUAGGCUGUGAUUGUGUUAACACUACGAUGUAUGUCUGGUGUUUGUGGAAAGUUGUAGGCUCGCUGUCAGCCCCUAGCCCGCUGUACACUGUGUACUGGAGCCGAGUCCAGGCUGACUUCCUUUGCACUUGUAAGGGGCGUAGAAGGAGCGGCCCCUCCCCCUCGCCAACCCAAAUCCAUCUCUUCACAAACCUUUUUUUUGACGCAGGAGAAAUCCAGAUCCGAAGUACGUCACUAAUCAUUGUGAGCCCCUAAACUGCAGCUUGUUGGCGGCUGUGUAUGUGAAAAAAAUAUAGGAGGGAGGGAGGUGGGGGAGGAAUAGUUCUAGAAGGACAAGAUAGAGGAAGGGGGAGCCAAAGUGAAAGGUACAUAAGUAUUGAUGGUCGCACAAAGUGACAGAAGAUGGACGAUCGCCGAGGAUGGGAGGGUUGGCCCCAUAGGGCACUGGUAAAAAAAAAGUCUGGAAGAGGGAGGUGGGGGAACAUUGCGAAAUCUACCUGAUCUGGGUCCCAGGGCCAGCAGGAGCGAAGGACCCCCUCCAUGUGAAGGGACUAACAUGGGUAACACCCCCUCCCUACCUGGAGAUCAGAGGAGAGAAAACCACACCACAGCCCUCCAGCAUGAGCCUGCCAUAGGAUUGAGUGCAAAGUAAAGCCUCUCAGCACCCACCCACUUUCAGAGGAGCCCAGGCAGCAUACAUUGCAGGACUAUGGAGUGAGCGAUCUCCAGCCAUUGCCCCCGGAUGUUGUGUGUGUGCGGAGGACGCAGAAGCACUUAGUUGGUGUGCGAUGAGCCGCUGCUGGACUUUGUGGACGAGGCUGGUGGUGCUGUGCUUGUCGUGGGAUCCUCUCCUAACCUGAGAUCAUUUCACUCUGAGGACACCCGACAGGCGGCAAGAUGGAGGAAAAGCAGAGAAAAUGUUCAGUAAGCAGCGAUGACUCAGACACCACUGACAGUCACACAACAUCAUGGUCAAGGUGUUCCAAAAUACCAACCACAAAAGCCACCUGUGCCAGGCAGAAGGAGAAGAAGCCAUCAGAGGUUUUUCGAACGGAUUUGAUAACGGCUAUGAAAGUACCAGACUCCCAUCAGUUUGGCCCAGAUGACUUUUACAUUCUAGCCGAUCCAUGGAGGCAAGACUGGGAGAAAGGGGUGCAGGUGCCUGCAAAUAUAGAUGCAGUUCCUCAGCCACAAGUCAGGUUGCUUGAAGAGCUAGAGGAUUAUUAUUCGCAGACAGAAAACAACUCUUCUCCUGAUGCAGAGUUUCCAGGGGGCUUACAGACCACACAGCAAGUAACCUGCAAAUAUGACCUGGAUGAAGUGGAUACAUGCUGGUUGGAACUUGUUAACAAAGAGUUAAAAAAAAUGCACAAGCCACUUCUUGAAGAAUUCACCUUAGAAAAGGUUUUGGAAGAGUUAGAGUUGCUCUGUCAUGAAAACAUGAACCUUGCCAUUGAAAAGGAAGAAGGACUGGGUAUUGAAUAUGAUGAAGAUGUUGUCUGUGAUAUUUGCCGGUCACCAGAAGGAGAGGAUGGGAAUGAGAUGGUUUUCUGUGAUAAGUGCAAUGUCUGUGUGCACCAGGCUUGUUAUGGAAUCUUGAAAGUUCCCACAGGAAAUUGGGCUUUGUCGAUCUUGUGCCCUGGGCGCUCAAGCUAAAUGCUUACUAUCCCAAAGAGAGGUGGAGCUUUGAAAACCUACAAGAAGUGGGACUAAGGUGGGUCCAUGUCAGCUGUGCCUUAUGGAUACCUGAAGUAAGCAUUGGAUGUCCAGAAAAGAUGGAGCCUAUUACAAAGAUUUCACACAUCCCGCCAAGCAGAUGGGCUCUAUCAUGUAGCCUGUGCAAAGAAUGCACUGGUACUUGUAUUCAGGUACGUCAUCCAUCUCCUUGUUACUGUUAACAUACGCUCAUCUGUUACACACAGUUUUUAGUGAUUGGUAUAAUCUGUAUUGGUAAAGUAAAUAAGAUUCAGACAUUGCUAUAUGUUGUAGUGAUCUCAAUGUAUAGUGUAGUCCGGAGUAGAUAAUUGAUAUUUAGGUGUUAGUAUGAUGACUAUAAAUUAUGUUGUUCUGCAGCAACACACCAUGCUCUUCAGAGAGUGCAUUUAUUUGACUUCCAAUACAGAAUAAAGUCCAAAUUCCACAGACGAUACAAAUCCAACAGAGUGAUU